AGAAAUCAUAUUCAAACAGAUCUCAAACACACACAAAAAAAACUCUCGAAAAAAUUCAAUUCCAUUCGCCAUGUGUGAGUCUUGUAAAAAUUAUAGUGAUGAGAAAUGUGUAAAGUUUUUUGCAAUUUGGAACAUGGUCUGGGGUGCCUUUUUCACCUUUGCUUGUGGUGGCGCCGUCUACGAAAUGCAUACUGGUGAAAAGCAGACCAUUGUCACCCAAAUUUUCACAUAUUGUGGCGUAGUAUGUGCGCCAAUAUACUUGCUGUCCGGCAUAUUGAUUUAUUUUGGCGAUAAGCGGGAUAGUCAAGGUAUGUUCAAGUUGGGCCUAUAUCUGAGCAAUCCACUGCCAGUCGUGCUGUUCACCACCAUAUUUAUGCCAAUUGUGCAUUUCAUUGCCCUGAUGAGACUGUGCAAAUAUUACCGUGAGCGCUGGGAAUGAUGUUCUGCCAUGCGUCACUUUUCCCACUUGUUCCUAACCAAAAUUA